AUGUCUCAGCCACCAGGGUCUCCCGUCUCGCCAUUGUUUUCCGUACUAGAGACACCAUCAUCUGGCAGAGGCGUUUUUGCUACGCAGGCCGUCUCGGCCGGAACAUCCAUCCUGGCUCUAGAGGACGUUAGUGUCAGUGUGAUCUUGCGGGAGUUCCGACGAGAGGUUUGCGCAUGGUGCUUUUGGUACUAUGAGGGAAGAGAGUGGAAGGUGCGGGAGAAGAGCACCGGGGAUUUUUUCUGUUCUGAGGACUGCAAAGCUGCAUGGGAAUAUGAACAGACCUUGCUAUCCAAUGCACUUGGCACACAUACAGCAGCCUUUCACGCAUGGAGGGCGGUAGAGAAAUUGAUCAAAGGCACGCCGAGAGAGGACGAACCGAUCUCCGACGUCGACGCACUUCGCCCAAACGCAUCCGAGAUUAACAUGGCAUGGAUAAACGCCGAGCAUCAAGCGGUCUAUAUCCGUGAGAGACGCGCUGGCUUCCAGAACAAAGCAAGCAGGAAGGCGGUCCACUCCGUAAUGACUGUCUCACCGGACUCGGAAUCCCUCCGCUUUCUCCUAUCAGGAAUUCUCUUCCGAGCCUCUAAACCUGGUGCCUGGCCGGCACUACAAGCACUGGCGCCGAACCCUCGACCGUACCGAUCAACCAUCCAGCUCGAAGCCCACAUCAUUUCGUACCUACAGCUUCUCGCCAUCCUCCCCGACUCCUUCCUCCCGCACGUUACAGCAGAGGUAUGCCGCGAGAUCCCACUACGGGACGACCACAACAGCUUCGGGAUCCGCUCGCUUGAAGACGACGGCUCCGAGUUCCUCGGCUACGGGAUCUGGAUCGCCGCCAGCUACUUCAACCACAGCUGCGCGCCGAACGUCACGAAGCGGCGUGUGGGGAGGUGUUGGGAGUUUCUCACGGCACGGGACAUUAGGGCUGGGGAGCAACUAUGCAUCACGUAUUUGAGCGGCGAUGAGAGGGCUAUGAAUACGAAUCAGAGGAGAGCGCGGCUGAGGGUGAAUUGGGAGUUUGAGUGCGCAUGCGAGAAGUGCGUGGGUGAUGAUGUGGAGCUAGAGUAG